GAUCAUGUGCGCCUCACUCACACUUUAGUAAAUUCCCUAUCUUAACAGUAAGCAGUCCAGCAUAUGCCUUUGCAUGUGCCAUAUGCGAUCUUCUCGAUUGAUCCUCAAGAACACUCGAUCUCUUAUCUGUAACCCAUCAUCUUCAACUCCAUAAUUGCAUCCCAUCUCCAAAAACUUCAUUAAAAAAAUCCCACCCCCUUUGUUUUGAAUAUUUUAACUCUUCACCAAACAAUGGAGUCUUUAUUUCCUCCCAUGAUUUCUUUUCCCAUCUCCAUGAAUGUUUCUGUCCAUCAGUUUCAUUAAAUUCUUGGCCUUUCUGGGACUCCUAGGUUUCUCUCUCUUCCUCUGCUCUAUUCUCAUGGAAAUCCCCGAGGGAACGGGAACCGUACCGGCAACAACUGAGGUUCAACUUGCCCAAAAGCACGUUUAUUCGUUGUGGGCGGUUCCACCGGAUGACGUUGCGGAGAGGCUCAAGAAAUUAAUGGACGGUCUGAGAUCGGAGUUCGGUGGUCCCCAGUUCGAGCCCCAUGUAACUGUUGUGGGGGCCAUUAGUUUAACGGAGCAUGAUGCUUUGGAGAAGUUUCGAUCUGCUUGUGAUGGGCUUAAGGCUUAUACUGCCACGGUCGAUCGAGUGGCCACUGGGACUUUCUUUUAUCAGUGCGUUUAUUUGCUCAUCCAUCCAGCGUCCGAGGUCGUGGGAGCUAGUGCACACUGUACUGGGCAUUUUGGGUACAAGAGUUCUGCUCCCUACAUGCCUCAUCUUAGUCUCCUAUAUGGAGAUCUAACAGCUGAUGAUAAGAAAAAGGCUCAAGAAAAGGCCAAUAUUCUUGACGAGAGCAUCAAUGGCCUGAGCUUCCGGAUAAGCCGCCUUGCACUGUGGAAAACAGACACUGAGGACAAUUCCUUGAAGUCGUGGGAGAAGAUUACAGAAUGUACCCUCAGUCCCAACUAGUUCCCCUUCUAUUUUAAUGAUUUUAAUUUGCAAUGCUCAAUCCGUAUUUUAUGUUCGACGGUAUACCAGUAAUUGUUAGUGUUAUUAUUGCAAAAAAUACAACCAUAUGCACUUGCAGAGGUUUGUAAUUAAAUUCACAUAAAGGAAUUCUCUGUUUAGACUUUAGAA